UGUUGCGGCGGGUGGCAGUGGCUCAUCGCGUCCGAGAGCGAUAGCGCGUUUAUCAAGUUCCAGCUAUGUCUGCGAACGGCACCGCGGCCGCGGAACCGCGGCUGUGCCACGUGCGAAAAGUCCCCGAUUUCGACGGCUAUGGCUUCAACCUGCACGCCGAAAAGGGCAAGCCAGGCCAGUACAUCGGCAAGGUGGACGAAGGAUCGCCCGCGGAGAAGGCGGGGCUGCGCCGCGGCGACCGCAUCCUUGAAGUGAACGGUCACAGUAUAGCGGGCGAGACGCACAAACAAGUGGUAGCGCGCAUCAAGGAGCGCGGCGACGACGCCGAGCUGCUGGUGGUUGCCCCGGCGCCCGGCGAGCCCAUGCCGGACCUGGACGCGCCCGAGCGGCCUGCCAACAACACUGCGGCCUCCUCCAACGACUCCACGCCGACCACCGGCUCGACAGGCUCCGACCGGACCGACGGAGCGUCCCCUGAGCCGCCCCGCCUCAACCUACAGAUGACAGCCGCGGAGAUGCGUGCUUUCUUAGCAGCUAAAAAGAAAGUAGACCCCAAAAAGGUGCCAAUGGAUCUCAAAUCCAAGUUCGAUAUCGUUAAGAAGUUGUGAGGUGCCGUGUCGUGUGUGCGUGAUGCGAGCUCGCGUGUCGAUGAAACGCCCUAUUGUACAUAACGGAGGCGCUGUUGCCUAUGCGCAGGUGCAAUGCGGUGUUGCCAGCCCGCGCCGUGACAUCAGUACUCUACCGUGUCAUGUUUGAUUUGUGAUCGUAUACCUGUACAAUUUUUUGUAUCAUAAUAUUACCGAAAGAAUGUAACAUAUCGUGCCUAUAAAAUUGCCAUUGAAGUUGUACAUAGGUACUUAAGGAAUUUAAUGGAAUAUUUUUUAUUUAUGUGCGUAACAGAUUUAAAUUUUAUUAAUUGAUUAUUAUCUAAUUGUUUUAGUUAGAAUAAUGUUUAAUUAAGUGCAAUUAUUGUUGAGUGAUUUAAUAAACAAGUUGAAAAAUA